AUGUCUGCGCUCGCUGCUCUCAUCUCCUAUCUCGAGCUCAUGAUGGAUACGCCCAUGCACGGCCAGUUCCAUCUCCGCCGCCACGACCUGUCUCAGUUCAUGAAGCUGGACGCCUCUGCUGUCAAGGCCCUCAACCUCAUGCCUCAACCGGAACUCGGCGGUAACAAGAACAUGAGCUUGUACGGCCUGCUGAACCACUGCAAGACCAGUCAGGGCCAGCGUCUGCUCGGUCGAUGGCUGAAGCAGCCGCUCGUCAACCGCCACGCAAUCCAGCGCCGCCAGGACAUGGUCGAGAUGUUUGUCAACGACAGCGUCCGCCGCCGCACGCUUCAGGACGAGUACCUGAAACGCAUGCCCGACUUCCACCGUAUCUGCAAGCGCUUCCACCGCGGCGGAGCUGGACUUGAGGACCUCGUGCGCGUGUAUCAGGCUGUCGCUGUUCUGCCGAAGAUCAUUGACUCACUCGACGACCUUGCCAAGGAGGAGGGUAUGCAGGGCCAGGUGCUCGAGGAAGAUUUCAUUGUCCCGCUGCGUGAGAAGGCGACGCAGCUGGAGCAGUACUCGGCGCUCAUCGAGGAGUCGAUUGAUCUUGAGGAGCUCGAACACAACCACCACUACCACCUGCAGCCGACGCUGGACCCCGAGCUGCAGCAGUUCCGCGACUCGCUUCUCGCCACGCGCGACGGACUGGACGAAGAACACCGCCGCGUCGGACGCAAGCUCGGCCUCGACAUUGAGAAGAAGCUGCAUCUCGAGAACAAUCAGGUCUACAACUACUCGUUCCGUGUCACCAAGGCUGAGGCGAAUGCGAUUCGGCAAAACCAGUGGUGCAUCGAGCUCGCUGUCCAAAAGGCGGGCACGAUCUUCACGACGGAGAAGCUCAAGGAGCUCAGCGCUGAGUAUCUCCGUCUGCAGGAGGAGUACGAGAAGAAGCAAAAGUAUCUCAUCAAGGAGGUCGUGGGCGUCGCGUCGUCGUACGCCCCGCUGCUCGAGGAGCUGGACGGCACGAUUGCGGCGCUCGAUGUCCUCGUCAGCUUUGCGCACGUUAGUGCCAAUGCGCCGAUCCCCUACGUUAAGCCGACCGUCGCUGAAAAGGGCGGCUCCGAUGUGAUCGUUCGCGGGGCGCGCCACCCCUGCCUUGAAGUGCAGGACGAUAUCAAUUUCAUCGCGAACGACCACGAAAUGAGGCGCGGCAACAGCGAGUUCGCCAUCCUGACUGGACCAAACAUGGGCGGCAAGUCAACGUAUAUUCGCCAGCUGGGUGUCAUUGCUCUCCUUGCACAGCUCGGUUGCUUUGUGCCAGCCGACAGUGCCAAGUUGCCGAUCUUCGACUGCGUGCUUGCGCGCGUGGGAGCGGGCGAUUCGCAGCUCAAAGGCGUUUCGACCUUCAUGGCUGAGAUGCUGGAAACCGCGACGAUUCUGCGAAGCGCUACGCGAGACUCGCUCAUCAUCAUUGACGAGCUCGGCCGUGGCACGAGCACGUACGACGGCUUCGGUCUCGCGUGGGCGAUCUCCGAGCACAUCGCCAAGAACAUCCGAGCCUUCUGCCUGUUCGCCACGCACUUCCACGAGCUGACCGCGAUGGCGAACCAGAUGGAAUGGGUCAAGAACCUGCAAGUGCGGGCCGAGGUCCAGCCAGCUCCGGCAGGCAAGAGCAUCUCGGACCGCCAGAUCACGCUCCUCUACCAGGUCAUCGAGGGGCACAGUGACCAGAGCUUUGGUAUUCACGUCGCCGAGCUGGCGCGUUUCCCGGACGCAGUGGUCAAGCUGGCGAAGCGCAAGGCUGACGAGCUCGAGGACUUUGGCACCGAGGACGACGCGGCCAAGAUGCCCAAGCUAGACGAGGGUGAGGUCGAGCAGGGUACGCAGAUUGUGAAGGAGUUCCUGGCCGAGUGGAAGGGUCAGUCAGCCGACGGAAGCGAGGACGAGCAGCGUGCUGCCCUCAAGGCGCUCGUUGAGCAGUGGCAGGACCGCUUCGACGGCAACGCCUGGGUUAAGUCUGUCCUGAGCGGCCUAUAG